AAUACGGCGGAAUAUCGAAAAAAUGUCGCAGGAAGCAAAAGAGCAAACACAGAAUGUCCAGAAUGGCGUCUCAGCUAACAAAUCCAAUGGAAGCGCUGAGCACUGCAAGUUGGAGCUGACUGUUCCGAAUACUAGGACGCGGCACGUAUCGGGCGGAGUUGAGGAAAUUGUCGAUCCUUUCUGUGAUUCCAAGAAUCCGAAACAAAUUUCAUUUCACGAUGUUACAUCAGCUGCCUUCUUGAUUAAGGGUGGUGUGGAGCGCACACCCUGUCCCAGAUCCACAUCGUCAGAGACAUAUGGGAUGGAAUUGUAUUUCAAAAAGGACUUUCUACAAUACACAGGCAGCUUUAAGGAACGGGGUGCUAGGUAUGCGCUGCUCAGCCUGUCGGAGGAACAGAAACGCAAGGGCGUGAUCAGCGCUUCGUUGGGGAAUCACGCCCUGGCUCUGUGCUACCAUGGCUGGAAAUUGUCGAUUCCUGUUACUGUGGUGAUGCCAAAGGCCGCGCCCAUUAUGAAGGUGCAGAAGUGUCGCAACUACAAGGCUCGCGUGAUCGUCGAGGGCCAGGAUAUGGGCGAGGCCAAGUCGCUGGCUAUGCGCAUGUCGCGGGAGGAGCAGCUGCUGUAUAUUAAUGGCUACGAUCAUCCGCACAUUAUGGCCGGCCAGGGUACAAUCGGGCUGGAGAUACUGGAGCAGGUGCCUGAGCCGGAUGCAGUUGUCGUGCCCGUUGGCGGCGGAGGACUCAUCGCCGGUAUUGCCACAGCUGUGAAGGCGCUCUCGCCCAAGACCAAAAUAAUCGGCGUAGAGUCGGAAAAGUGUGCCAGCUUUUCACGUGCUAUGGAAAACAAUGGUCCUAUAAGCACGCCCAUCAAGAACACCCUAGCCGAUGGCUUGGCGGUGCCCAAGGUCGGAGUUAAUGCAUAUGCGACAGCUCUGCCCCUGAUCGACCGUAUGGUUGUGGUGAAGGAGGAGUGGAUAGCCGUGGCCAUCUUGCGCUUGGUGGAGGAGGAGAAGUGUGUGGUCGAAGGGGCUGGCGGUGCUGGACUGGCUGCCAUACUGGCUGGCCACUUGGACGACCUCAAGGGCAAGAAGGUUGUCGUGCUGCUCUGCGGUGGCAACAUAGACACAACGGUCUUUGGACGUUGUCUGGAGCGCGGACUGGCAGCCGAGGGUCGCUUGGUCAAGUUUAAUGUGGAGGUCAGUGAUCGUCCGGGUGGCAUAAACGAUCUAUGCUCUCGGCUAGUGCGCUUGGGUGUCUCCAUCAAGGACAUUAUGCACGAGCGGGCGUGGCUGCGCGACAUUUACACGGUGGAGGUGAAAGUGAUCUGCGAGACGAGAGACUGGGAGCACAGUCUAGAGCUGAAGAACGAGCUGAAGAAAUACUAUACGAAGGUCGAGUUCUCCGAUGUUCCACUGGCAAUUAAUGAUAAGACUUUAUAAACAUAUAAUUUAUGGUUUUGUGUGUUUUUUUUUAUAUAUUUGUGUAUGCACUAUUUUUGAUUUAUUUUCAAUUUUAUUGCACAAAAUUUGCAACACUGCAAAAAUUUGAGCUUAAUUUAGAGCUUGAAUGUAUGUUAAUAGAAUUGUAAUCGUAGUAGAAAUGUAAAUAGCAUUAAAUAAAUAUACAAUUCAAUAUCAAGUCA